GGACUAACAAACUUACAAACCCCGAUCUCUGAGCUUUUAUCGUCAAAUUGUAUGCUCAAAUACCCCUCAAUGACCAUAGGGUAGCUUUGACACGAAGUAAAGAGUUGGAAUGCCUCCAGAGAGUAUAAGCAUAUCGACACCUAGGAAAGUUUGUGACCAUUGUCGAAGAAGAAGGAUACGAUGUGAUGGGAAUUUCCCAUGCAAGCAAUGCGGGAAUGCAUCAUUGGUAUGCAAAAGAGAGCACAUACCGAAGAGAAGGGGACCGAAGCGUGGGAAUGGUAGAGUGAUCAAUGAAUUGAGAGCUCAAGAUGGCGGGGAUACUAAAAGCUUUGCGGAAGUCCGCGAUUCAGGCUCGGGCGGAAGCAGUACCGGCCCAGGCUCGUGAAGUGGAUAUAGAUAACUGGGUUUCGGAAACUGCUAGCUCGACUGCCGCUCAAAGAUAUGUGGGAAGACCUGCACGGCAUCCAAUCAUGUCGGAUAUCUCGACCAUUUCCAGCGAUGAGCCGAACAGUAUAUAUACGACCGAUCAAUUUAGGCCUAUAUCUGUUAGCUACAUGUAUCUAAUCCCGACAUGCCUGGAUCUUUUUCUUGAGCACAUUUACCCCAUUAUGCCUCUGGUGCAUAUGCCUACUCUACGAGCCUCAAUAAAUCGACCAUUGGAAAUGCACGAGAAAAAUCUUCUUUACUCUUUAUGUGCUAUCACUUCAACCCAUAUGUCGGGUAAAAGCAUAUUAGCUCCAGGUCCUCCUUCGUGGGAAAUUGCGGGAAGGUUCUUCCUCGACGAGUGUAUUAUGAUUCGACAGGCUUAUGACUUCAUCGAAGAUAAAUCGUUGUCUGCUGUUAUAUCUUCAUAUUUCGUAUCGACUGCAUUUUUCGAGCUGAAUCAGUCUCGAAAAUCCUGGUACUAUUUGAGAGAAGCAAUGACAAUGGCUCAAGAUAUAGGGUUGCAUGAAGAGCAUAAAUAUUCCGGUCUUCAUCCUGCUGAAGAAUUGUGUCGUAGGCGAACAUUUUGGAUUCUAUAUGUUACAGAAAGGUCUUUUGCAAUUCUACGUCACAAGCCUCUUACCUUUUCGAAGACACCAGCUCUGCCCUCGACUCUACACGAUUACGAAAGCCCGGAAAUUCAUUCUGGGUUUAUGCAUCUAGUACACUCUUACCAUCUACUAGACUCUAACUUUGUCGAUUCUUGGAAUGAAGCCUCCGAUGCACCAGUUUCGACCCUCACAUAUACGGCGCUUCAGCAACAAUUGAAUCUUCCUCAUCCUUCUCACUUGUCCCUUACUGCCAUACAGAAAGCUGAUAUUCUCGUUACCCAGCAAUGGCUGCGCCUGAUUGUUUGGCAAUCUUCAAUGCGUCAAGGCUUGCUCUCUUCCACUGCCGUUGAUGAAAGCAUGACUUUUCGAUAUCCUCUAAGCAUUGCUCACUCUCUCCUGAGUGUCAUAUCCUCAGUGCCGAUCGCAAGUAUAGAAGUCCAUGGAAUGGGUAUUUUCGAGAAGAUUUUCGAGAUCGGUAACUCUAUGGUAGACGUUAUGCAAGCUUACGGAUCACAAAUUCCCCACGAAAUAUAUGGCAUUUGUCAAGACCCAUUUGAUAUGUUCGUGAGGACAUUGAGCCAGACACCGAACUCCCAACGUCAAUAUGCAGCCCUCCUACUUGCUAAAGUGACCGAAAAACCGGAAAUUCAGAGAUUUUCUCAUAACUUGACGAAAGUACUAUCCAUCAAUACCGACCCUGGUGCAAUUGGAUCGAAUGCAAACUCUGUGCCUCACACACACGAUCCGCAGUGGAGGGGAAGUAUUGUGGGCGAACUUAAAUCUGACGAUGAUGCGGUACACAGGUUAGAGAAAGAACGCUACGAACAGACAGAUAACAAUCCGAUAAAUGACAUAGCGUCGUCAACAACUCAACCUGGUAACAUAGAAAUCAGGGGAAGCGAGGCAUUCAUGCUGCAGGCUCCUAAGUGACCCUCGAAGGUACGUUUGCUACGUGCGCGAGCAGACCUAUUGUCGAGAAUUCCUUACCGAAACUUUGAUGUAUCGAUAGUAGCCAUUCUUUCAUUACAUCACUCUUUCUAAGGUAGCAAAAAUAAUCUUUGCUUCGGAGAGAUAACGGGAGAGCAUGCGAAACGGGAGAAUCAUCAUCGAUUUUCAGCGUGAAUUGAGCUCAUUAGAACCAAUUCAAGAAAGAUUGACCUCGAUCUUCCGGCUGCGAAGGACGACUCGACAUUUUUGAUCAUCUGAGCCUUGAGGCUGAGCAUCGAAAGGGUGGAUUACACGAAUAUUGGUUACGUCAAGGUUCGAUGGCACGAGAGCGGUUUAUUUCGAGGUCGAGAAGUUAUACGCCAUCGUCACAGCCGUGUUCAAAUCGUGCUUGUUGGAUUAGCAAUAUCAAUUCUUAUCUCAAAUAGCCAGCAGACGGACAAAUUAAUCAAACACUAACACUCGGAUACACACAACCCGAAAUCAUCGAGAUCCUCUUUUGCACUAGAAGUGAAUGAUUCUUCGGAAAUGGAGUAUUAGAUGGGAACACAAAUGAGAGACAUUGAAACAUUAAUACAUCGCACGUUCCAAUACCCCGGCAAGACAACGCUAGAAGGGUGUCACGACGGUUGUAUUCCGCCUACCGACGGUCUACCUCUAUUUUCUGUGUUACGUGAUGCUAUUCAUGUGAAACAAAUAUGUUAAAUUUUACUUUUCGUGGAGAGGAGAAGUUUGCGGCGUAGUUUGAAGCAAACUUCAGAUGUGAUAUCAUCACGUUAUUACUUACUUUGACUGAAGUCUCAACUCAUUACUAUGGGCUCCCCAAUAUUUCGAACUCUACAUUGAUAUCCAUAAAUUUGCUCGUGCUCCUCUUAAUUGAUUUACCCCCCUGUGCCA